GCCGCGGCGCUCGCCCGGCUGCAGCCAUUGCGCCUCCGAGCACCCCGCAUUCAACAGGAGGAGCCCGCGCGGAGGACCCGAGCCCCCGCGCCCUCUGCGCCCCGCCGCCGCAGCCAGUGCGCCCCGCGGCCCCGCACGCCAUGGCCAAGGAAGGCGUGGAGAAGGCGGAGGAGACGGAGCAAAUGAUCGAGAAGGAGGCGAGCAAGGAGCCCGCGGAGGGCGGCGGCAGCGACGGCUCGCACCGCCUCGGGGAUGCCCAGGAGAUGCGCGCCGUGGUGCUGGCCGGCUUCGGGGGGCUCAACAAGCUGCGGCUCACCAGGAGGGCCAUGCCCGAGCCGCAGGACGGCGAGCUCAAGAUCCGCGUCAAAGCCUGUGGCUUGAACUUCAUCGAUUUGAUGGUGCGACAAGGGAAUAUUGACAACCCUCCCAAGACUCCCCUGGUACCAGGAUUUGAAUGUUCUGGAAUUGUGGAAGCACUGGGGGACAGCGUGAAAGGAUAUGAGAUUGGAGACCGUGUCAUGGCAUUUGUCAACUACAAUGCCUGGGCAGAGGUGGUCUGCACACCUGUGGAGUUUGUCUACAAGAUCCCAGAUGACAUGAGCUUCUCUGAGGCUGCUGCAUUCCCCAUGAACUUCGUUACAGCCUACAUGAUGCUCUUUGAAGUCGCCAACCUCCGGGAAGGGAUGUCUGUUCUGGUGCAUUCGGCAGGUGGUGGAGUGGGCCAAGCUGUGGCUCAGCUGUGUUGCACUGUCCCCAAUGUGACUGUCUUUGGGACGGCUUCUACUUUCAAGCAUGAAGCAAUCAAAGACUCUGUGACCCACCUCUUUGACAGAAAUGCAGACUAUGUGCAAGAAGUGAAAAGGAUCUCUGCAGAAGGUGUGGACAUCGUCUUGGAUUGCCUGUGUGGGGACAACACUGGCAAAGGUCUCAGUCUUCUCAAGCCCCUGGGGACCUACAUUUUAUAUGGUUCGUCCAACAUGGUAACCGGAGAGACCAAGAGCUUCUUCAGCUUUGCAAAAUCAUGGUGGCAGGUGGAGAAAGUGAACCCCAUCAAGCUAUUUGAAGAGAACAAAGUCAUCGCGGGGUUUUCCCUCUUAAACCUGCUCUUCAAACAGGGCCGUGCAGGCCUCAUUCGAGGAGUGGUGGACAGACUCCUAGGACUCUACAACCAGAAGAAGAUCAAGCCCGUGGUAGACUCCUUGUGGGCCCUGGAGGAGGUGAAGGAGGCCAUGCAGCGGAUCCACGACCGAGGGAACAUCGGAAAGUUAAUUCUGGAUGUAGAAAAGACCCCCACUCCGCUGAUGGCCAACGACAGCACGGAGACCAGUGAGGCAGGGGAAGAGGAGGAAGACCACGAGGGCGACAGCGAGAACAAGGAGCGGAUGCCCUUCAUCCAGUAAGCUAAGACCCGGGCGGAAGGACGUGAAGGACCGACCUUGCGGAGGAAGAGGACCGGCUGUGAGAACUCUUCUGUGUCCCAGUGAACAAAUGCUGUAGUCCAGUGCGUGUCGUGUUUGUCCGCAGUCAGCUGAGCUAAGAAGCUGUUGAUCACUGUUGUUUUUUGGAAUUAAGUGCCAAUCCCAUUCCAUGCAGUAUUACGUCCCUCCCUGAGCUGUGUGCUGCACCCUUCUCUCUCCCCUGUAUCAAAACUAUCCACCUCCAGGUCUUUCUCCAUGGCUCUAGGAAACCCUUGCAAAUUAACACAAACCCCCAGGAUGAGAGCAAGUGUGGAUGGACAGGUGUUGUCACGGAGCACGGUGCAGGUCCUACCCUUCUGGCCAGUGAUACUCUUUGCCACCAGCCACCCAUACCUCUGACCAGAGCACUUGCCAAUUGGGCUGGCAGAAAGAGAGUAGGCCAGGAGAGGCAUUUGUGAGCCCAGAAAUGUAGACACUCUCCAAAUAGUUCUUUCUGCUCUCUCCGUUGAUGAGGUAACUGGUUACAUUCAUCGCAUAGUCUCAAGGCCACAGGUUUGAGCUGCUCUCCCCUGACCCUCUGGGGCUGGAUUCUUUCGCUGGUUCUUAUUCUUAAACACGGGGACAGGAGUGGGUUUCUUAGGAUAGGAGAUGUGUCAACAGCAUGCGUUUGAGGAUGCGUCACAGAGAUUUCUCCUCUGAGGCCAUGUGACAUGAGCAUAUCCUCCCCACGGCCAUAUAUAUUGUAUGUUAAGAAAAUUCCUCAUGUGUAGGACUAAUUCAGAUGUCAUUAUGAAGACUCUCCCGUGUUUGCAUAUUUUACCGAUUUUCCUAUUUUUUUCAUUCCUAGUCACAAGAAACCACCUUCCCCCAAGGAAGGCCUUCCUUCUAGGCCAUACAUGUUUUCGGAAAAUUCAGUGAGUGCUCUUUUGUCUUGCCAAAGCAUGUUCCAACAUGUGACAAACUCUAGGGAUUAAAAAACAGUUGCUCUUAAGCAUCUGCCAGAUGUGGAUUCUCCCCUCUGAUACCUAAGAUCAUGGUGCCAAUUCUGUAGAGCCCCUGCUCCUUGCAAAUCAGGGGCCAAACUCUCUGACUGCAUGCCCUGUUGAUUGCACAGCUCCUAAAUUCCUGUGAACCCCCACCCUAUGCCAUUUGCCUGGGCUUGAGAGCUAAAUAGUUACCCUGGAGGAAGAGGAGUCCUAGUGUCUCCACAAGGGAGUUCUUCAUUCCCUUCUUCCAGUCCUUUUGACCAAAGGGUUAAUUCUGCCACUCACAAACCAAGCUAGAAACACAAAGGGGGCCAUGGAGUUAGCACCCCACUUACUUUGUGUGAUGGAAGAGUGAGAGGGUUUCCAAACGCUCAUGUGGUUAGCAUUCUUGAAGGCAUAAGGAGGUUCCUGCAGCACCCAGCUUCUCUACCAAUAAGAUGUAGUGUGGACCUAACUCUUCCCCCAAGCGAUGGGAACAAAUCCAUUUCAACAAUUUCCUGUUUGAUUUCACAAGUCCUUCUGUAGCAAAUGUCGCUUCUUUCACCAGGUUCUUUUUUCCUCCUCUGAGCUUGUGAUGAUGACUUAUUUAUGCCAAAUAUUUAUAUGGAGGGAGUCUCUCCUCAUGGUGAAUGUACUUGUAAAAUAUGAAGGCAAGAAAGGGUGCUGAAAGUCAAUGAGCUGAAGGAUGAGAAUAUUUCAGAAGAGGAUGUCAAGGUCAUCCUCCUUUCCUACCUACGCCUGCACUCACCGGUAUCCCAGUUCUGGGCUCUCCAGAGAGAUAAUGGGGUAUUUAGCCCCCAGCACCUUUGGGAAAAGCCAUCUGAUGGCUCGUGCUUCUCCCGUAACUGUUCUGAAAGGGGCUCAUGAAAAGAACCACUGUCCAACUAGUUUUCCUAUUAAGUAAGGCAGAAAGGGCACUCUGUAGGGUUGAAGGAAUCAGAAUUACUGGCCCCGUGAGGGCUCUUUGUCCCCAACAGAGGGGGAACUGACCGUGUUCAGAAUCCAGAUGGUUCUCACAAUGUCCAGAGCAAAAGAUAAAAGGUCAUCCCUUCCAAAACCUGCUUUUUAACCAGAAAAGUUAAUCCAACAAUCACACAUUAAUCCAUCAACCACCCUAUCCUCAGAAAUCAGAAUGAGAAACCUAGAGUUUGACCAACAGCAUCAAUUUCUGCUGUGAAGAAUGAAGGGAGAACCCUUUUCAGUGAAUCAUUCCAUGAACUCUCAUUUUAAGCACCUUCUCUCCUGGCUUGUGAUUGUUUUCCUGAAGGAAGUGUAAAGAACGUCUCAGUUUGCCUUAAAGAACUGUGAAGGCUUCUCUGUAGGUUAAGCUUGAUUGGAGUGAACUGAAACAUUGUCUACUGUGUUUGUGGCUUUAGAGCUUUUGUUAUAUUGUGCCUAUAAAGCAAAUUAUGUUUACAUAAAAGAUAUAAAUAAAGUAUUCAGCAUAGCA